AACGUGCAAGACUUUGGAUUCCUCGCUGUCGUGAUCUUUGGUGAUGCUCUAAAUCUUGAACCGUCGGUCGACAUCGACGCAACAGUUGGUCCUUUCUUCUUGCCUCGACACCUAUUGUCAGCUUAUCUACCACCUAUUUACUACCACAUAAGCAGUGCUUUGGCACACUUCCGGCCAUGGACAACGCACCCCCUCCUCCCUACAGUGAAACGGACAUUUAUUCGAACUCCGGCCGUUCGCCUUUGAGCGCUCCUCCUGACCUAAGCCGCUCGACCACUCAAACCGAUGAUGCCUCUCAGGCUUCUACCAACAACUCAGUCAUUUAUACUCCAGCUGAGUCUGUGAAUAACGACUCUUAUGCGUCAGCCGCCCGUUUAUACUUCGAAAGCCGCCCGCCCCCACGGAAAGUUCAACGACGUCCCAUUUCCCAUGAGAUCGCCGUAGGGCAUAUGAGCACACCAGACGACUUGCCUUAUAUUCCCGAAUUCGCGGAUUUAGAUAUUACAACUCAGGACUGGGCGACAUUUAUAAACUAUGUCAUCCCACACCAUAUCGAUCAGUCAAAUGGGCUCGUGGCGAGCGAGAAAAUGAAGGCAGAAGUCCUCGAUAGGCGCAUGCAUGGGCUUACCCUUUCACCAGAAGGCGCCUCGGACUUAUCCGCCGUUGACGCACAGUUAAAUACUCUCCAGCCCUCCAAAGUCGAUCUGGCAGGGCCUCCCGAAGAUGAUAUCGCAGCUGUGGUCUUGGAGUGGAACACUGGAUUUUUUGGACCCAGAGGCGUCCGCGUUUUAGCUAAUGUGAGCGAGCCGGAUCCGCCGGCUCUUCCGCCAAGGACUACCACGGAGCCACCGCUGGCUACAAGGUCGAUGCCCUCCAGACCGGGAUGGCAGACUACAGGUUCGGAAACAGCCUCGGAUCGUGAUAGUGUAGGCGGGGAACGAGAGCAGAUGGGAUGGGGUUGGGGCCCUCAGGGGCCGGGACGAAGACACGGACACGGAGACGGACACGGACGCGGCCGCCGGGGGCAUGGCGGAUUUGACAGAGGCGGAUGUGGAGCCACCCCAAGGGACGGUUUUAGGGGGUUUGGCCGCCGUGGCGGUUUGGUAUGUGCGGAUGCAUCUGGCUUUCACGUUGGGAGAGUGAUGUCCGCGGGGAAUGAUGGCUUCCGACUUGGACCUAUGGUUGCGGAUAAAUCUGGAUUUCGCAUCGGGAAUAUGCUUGUUGCUAAUGAUGAGGGGUUCAAACUUGGGGGUAUGACUUUUGGAAAUACCAAUAGCUCUAGUCCAGCGCCGCCAAACCCAUACGCUGAGCGAGGGCGGAAUAUGAAGGAUGGAGGAGAUAAGAAUGGUCGUGAUAGAUCGAGGUCAAUAAGCUCGCGUAGUUCAUCUAGCGAUGAUACGGUCGGGACCGAAGACUCGGAAGGAAGUUUACCUGAUGUCAGUGAUUUAAAACCAAAUCAGCUGCAUGUUGUGAAACAGAGCCUGAUGGAAUGGCUCAACCAUCCCGAGCAACCAGUUAGCAAGGAAAGCGUCAAAACUCUCAAGAGAGACAUCAAACUGGCUAAACAUGCAAGGAAACCGGAAGGGCAGGAGCUUACCGAACUAAAAGCAGAGCUAAGGGCAUUGACCAAGGCGUUCAAAGAGCUGAAGAAGAGUAGGGCAGUGAAGAGGAAGUCGAUAAGGAAGGAAAGGAGGAAACAGCGAAAAGAGCUGAGAACCCAAGCGAAACAGAGGAGAAGGGAGGAGAGGGCGGCGAGAAGGAGCCGGGGGAAGGGCAAAGAGAAGGCGGCUGCGGCGGAGUAUGAUGAGUAUGCGCCUCUCGAAACAGGUUUCGUACAGAACAGCGGUUCCAUUCCAGGAUUUCCAAGUGGGUCGCCUGGCAUGCGCAACAUGCCUUCUAUUCCAGGGUUUCCAAAUGGCCCACCUGGCAUGCACAAUAUGCCCUCUAUUCCAGGGUUUCCAAAUGGCCUCCCUGGCAUUCAAAUGCCGGGCAACUUCCUGGGUAUGGGCUUCAACCCAUUAUCGCCCGAGUCGCCGAGGUCCCCAGGGGAAGUCAUAAAGGUCCAGGAAAAGCGUGAGCACUUAGGAAGGGAGGCAGAGCGCAUCUUGGCAGAUGCGCGUGCCAUGCACAAGGAAGCAGAGGAAACAAGAAUCAGGGCUGAUCAAGAGCAAGACGAAAAGUCGACGCUGAAGCUCCUCGAUGUGGCGAAGGAUCUAGAUGUCGAAGUAGAGAAGCUGUAUGAAGGAGCUGACCGAUUGAUUGCGGAAUCAGUCCAUCUAGAGGAAUGUUUGAGGGAGAUUAAUGGUGGUGAGAUGCCACAAAGAGAUACUGCCGACAAGGAGUAUAUAAGAAGAAUGAGGCAGAAUAGUGGGGUUUCUACUCACUGAGGGGGGAGAUCGGAAUGCUCUUGUCUUGUAGCGAUUUUCAUGUAUUUAUGAUAUAUUGAUGAUAUACUUAUGAUAUAUUUAUGUCGUCGGCGCUGAUCUCCAGGCGUUUGGGUCACUGAACUACACAAUUCAACUUAUAUUAACUUUG